CUCUGUUAGCGGCAGCAGAAACUGAGGCUUCAUGUGUGUCUAACGGGAAUCAAACCGACAACUCUGACAGACACCCAGCCAACUUCAGAUAGUCGUUCAAACUUAACUCAAACUUCAGAUUAUUUUUCCUUCGUUGAGACACCUGACGCCACAAUGAAGGAGCAGAAUUUUAAAGAGGAGGUGACGAAGAUCAUGGAGGAGGCACCAAAUGCCAGAAAAGCGCUGCUUGAAAACUACGACAACCUGCUGAACGUGGCCGACUACUGCUACAACAACUACAUAGAGGCAGGUGAUGGCAGCACGAAGGCAUUGGAGGAAACCAAGAACUUCACCACCCAAUCACUGGCAAGCGUUGCUUACCAGAUCAGCACUCUGGCCAAUAGCGUACUGAGUCUGCUUGAUGCUCAGACAAAACAGCUUUGUCACAUGGAGUCUUCCAUCAACCUCAUUGGUCAGAUGGUUGAGAUGCACAAAGAAAAAGUUGCUCGGAGAGAAAUUGGUGCCUUCACCGCUGUGAGACGAGUCCCACGCAGCCACAAGAUCCUUCCUCCUCCUCAGCCUCCUACUGGUACACAGCAGCGCCCACCUUACAGCCGCAAACCAAUCAAUUACCAGCAACUGGACGGCCUGGGACAUGGCAUGAAGGUCUCUGGGAAACAGUCGGACCGAACAGGAACCAUCCGGAAACACGGAGCCUCCAUCAGGUCCAACAAAUCCCUGGAACCUGUCCAAUGCCCGGUGGCACCCCCUGUCAACGGCUCAAGUUUUGGGAAACCUGUUGCUCCGCCCACCAUCCCCACCACCUGCCCAGCCCCACCUGAGUCCGACAUUAUCAGCGCCCUCCUGGACGAUGUCCCGCCUCCUCCUCCUGCAUCCAAUGGAAUUUCACCUUUGGAUGAUGUCACCAACACCUCUGUUCCACCUCCUCCACCACCUCCAUUUAACUCAGCAGGACUCACAGUAGCUCCGCCUCCCCCUCCUCCUCCUCCACCUGAUUCAUCAGGAGGAAUGGUGGCACCUGUUGCUCCGCCCCCUCCUCCUCCACCACCUGACUCAUCCGGAGGAAUGGUGGCACCUGUUGCUCCGCCCCCUCCUCCCCCACCUCCUCCGCUUGAGAGUCUGACCAAUCAAGGUGUUCUGUCUUUGGCUCCACUGAGCCUGGAGACAGUGUUGGAGGAGAGCAGCCUCCCACCUCCCUCUCCUCUUCCUCCUCCUCCUGAUGACGACGCCUUCGUUUUGCCACCAAGUGACGGCUCAGAGCUGCCGGCCCCGCCCCCUCCACCUCCACCCAGCCAGGAAAUAGACGUGACCCUCCCCUCAAGGAGGAGCCGCCGCCGUCGCUCGCCCCCCACCACUCGCUCUCUCUCUAUGAGGGUUCGCUCUGGCCCCGCCUCCCGCUGCCGCUACACGCGCUCUCUCUUUCUGCCUGCUGUCCAAUCAUUGAUGAUCCCCCCUCCUCCUCCCUACCCUCCUCCCCAUGCCCCUUCUCACCCCUCAUCCUCCUCCUCCUCUGCUUCCUCCUCUUCGCCUCGGCUCUGCUUACCUGCUCGCCUCGAACACCUGGAUCUAGAGAUCUCCGCCAUGCCUCCUCCUCCUCUAUUGGAUGACGUGUGUGGUUUUGAUGACAUCAUGCCCCCCCUCCCUCCACCAGUGGACUACGACACCGACGCCCCUCCGCACUAUAUUGAGAAAGUGGUGGCGCUCUACAGCUACGAGGCCUCAAAACCUGAUGACCUCGCCAUGGCAGAGGGUGACAUCAUCUACCUGACGCAUCGCCAUGACGACGGCUGGUGUGAGGGAGUUCUCAACGGCAACAAAGGCUUCUUCCCUUCAAACUAUGUCCAAUCGUGUGGCUAGACUGAAACUGAAGCUCCACCCCCUGCCCUCUGGUUCCUUGAGGAUUUUUUUUUACAUUGAUGUAAACGUAUCAGACUGCUGCCCCCGGUGGUACAACACUGUAACAACAUCUACCACAGAUCAAGUAAUAUUAAUUUAUAGAGAGUUAACUUUUUAGCAGUAAAAUUUAAUGUCAUUGUUUGAUUAACAUCAAGAAAUACUUUUAAAUGAUGGGGGAAUUUGAAAUUUUAUAACAGAGCAAUAAAUUACAAAAUAAAAGCAUGGAUUGAAAUGUUCAAAACUUAAUAUAUACACAGAAUAAGGUGAUGAUAGAAAAAGUAAAACUAAGGUAUCUAUGAUGUUGUUUCCUGUACAUUUCUACAUGAAUAGUAGAUUUAACUGUCUUUAAAUAACAGCUGCAACAGUGAGUACAUUAACAUGAUCAGAUUCAUUCUAAAUCUGGUUGUGGUAAUAAGAUGAUGUAAGGGAUGCUUUUACUUAAGUAAAUCAUUACAGGAGGAACUUUACAUAAUUCUGGUCAGAUAAUUGAACAUUAAUAUCUAAAGAGAAGACUGGAGAAACAGGAAGUACUGUUGAGGCUGCAAACAUGACACAAACACAGUAAACAGAGCAGUCAGAGAGUAUUCAGAACUUCUUCACUGUUUUCAGUUUUCUCAUGUUGCAGCCUGAUGCUACAGUCAGGAAAAAAAAUUCUCAUUAAUCUACUUAUGCAGAAAUUUCAGGAUUUUUUAUUUUUCAUUCAAAUGCAAACAUUCCUAAAAGUCUUUUUUAGAUUUAAGUUGUCCCUCAUAAAAAAUAUAUAUAUAUAUUUGACUCUCUGUGCAAGCCUUCACCUUUGAUGAAAUAUUUAUUAAUGUACGAGAUUUCAGUCAAACAUGAAAAUAUUCCCGUUUACUUUUGGUUGAAUCAGUCCGGGAUAAAAAAAAUAUAUAUAUAUCUUCUGUUAGAUGUAAAAGUACAGUCCAAACAAUAAUUUUAUUGAUGCUGAAAUGUAUUUAUCUAUUCCUAAAAUAAAAUUUAUUGUUGUACUGCUCA